UAAAUAAAUAAACGAGAGAUUCGAUAGAAGAAGGGAGGGUGAGAGAACGCAAACUCAAAAACCCAUUUCUGAUCUUUACCAGAUCAAUCCAACGGCGGAAAGCUCCCAAGCGCGGCGACAAAAUGUUCCGGCAAGCCACACGUGCUAUCGUUCAACGAUUCUCCGCAGCAACGACGAUCAGGGGAGGCCGACAGUUCUCCACUGAGGUGCCGGCCACACCCACUGCCGACUCGGCCUUCGUCGAGGCAUGGAAGAAGGUGAUACCAAACAUCGACCCUCCGAAGACCCCUUCUGCUUUCAUGAUCCCUCGCCCUUCCACUCCCUCUUCGAUCCCUACUAAGCUCACUGUCAACUUUGUCCUCCCUUAUCAAUCUGAGCUUGCUACCAAGGAGGUUGACAUGGUCAUCAUUCCAGCAACAACCGGGCAAAUGGGUGUCUUGCCUGGACAUGUACCUACAAUUGCAGAACUGAAGCCCGGGAUCUUGUCAGUGCAUGAAGCAAACAAUGUGACAAAAUAUUUCAUUAGCAGCGGCUUUGCAUUUAUCCAUGCAAAUUCUGUUGCAGACGUAAUUGCUGUUGAGGCUGUGCCACUUGAUCAGAUUGACCCUAGCCUGGUCCAGAAGGGUCUUGCAGAGUUCACCCAGAAGGUCAGUUCAGCUUCGACUGACCUUGAGAAAGCUGAGGCCCAGAUUGGGCUUGAUGUUCAUAGUGCUCUCAACUCUGCUCUCUCAGGCUAAUAUGGUCUAGCAUCAUAUUGAUUUUUUACGUGUAGUUUUGCUUCUUGUUUUCAUGAAUCUCUGAAUUCUCUCUAUAAUCAGAGAACUGGUUAGAUGUCUUCCUUGUGAUUUCCAUAAAGUUGAAAUAAAUCUUUUGAGGAAGAAGAUUAUAUCUUGUUUGCACCUUUUGUCUGUUUGUCCAUGAGUUACUGACGUUACAGAUUUGAUGUUACAAAGAAAGUAAAAAUAGCCUUUGGGCAAUUUGUUAUGGUUUCA